AUGCUUUUCUUUCUUAUAAAAAUCAGCAAUAAUAGUAAAGGUAGUAAUAAAAUUAUCUAUCUAUCUAUCUAUGACUUUCUUGGGCUCAUAUCUAUCUGUCUAACUAUCUAUCUAUCUAUCUAUCUAUCUAUCUAUCUAUCUCAUUCCGUUCAUUGUCUAUCUAUCUAUCUAGCUAAUCAACACAUAUCUAUCACAGACUGGUCAUAUCUAUCUAUCUAUCUAUCUCUCUAUCUAUCUAUCUAUCAAUCUCUUCUAAUCAUAUCAACGGCUAUUCAUAUCUAUCUUUAUCUAUCUAUAUCUAUCUAUCUAUCUAUCUAUAUUCCGUUAUAUCUAUCUAUCUAUCUUAAUUGUCUGUCACAUGGGCUCAUAUCUAUCUAUCUAUCUAUCUAUCUAUCUAUCUAUCUAUCUAUGUCUUUGCCAUGUUUUCAUGCAUAUCUAUCUAUCUAUCUAUCUAUCUAUCUUAUUUAUCACAGUCAGUUUAUAUCUGUUUAUAUAUAUCCUUGUAUGUCUGUCUGUCUAUCUAUCUAUCUAUCUAUUACAGUCUGUUUAUAUCUGUUUAUAUAUAUUCUUGUAUAUCUAUCUAUCUAUCUAUCUAUCUAUCUAUCUAUCUAUUACAGUCUGUUUAUAUCUGUUUAUAUAUAUCCUUGUAUGUCUGUCUAUCUAUCUAUCUAUCUAUCUGUUGUGUCUGUUUAUAUAUAUUCUUGUAUAUCUAUCUAUCUAUCUAUCUAUCUAUCUAUCUAUCUAUCUAUCUAUCUAUCUAUUACAGUCUGUUUAUAUCUGUUUAUAUAUAUAUCUAUCUAUCUAUUACAGUCUGUUUAUAUCUGUUUAUAUAUAUUCUUGUAUAUCUAUCUAUCUAUCUAUCUAUCUAUCUAUUACAGUCUGUUUAUAUCUGUUUAUAUAUAUUCUUGUAUAUCUAUCUAUCUAUCUAUCUGUCUAUCUCGUCAUAUAUAUCACUGUUUCUUUCUUUCUCUCUCUCUCUCUAUCUAUCUAUUUUCUAUCACGGCCUCUCUAUCUAUAUAUCUCGAUUCAGUCAUAUAUAUCACUGUUUGUUAUUUCUUUCUCUCUCUCUCCCUUUUCUAUCUAUCUAUUUUUUAUAUUGGCAUCUAUCUAUCUAUCUAUCUAUCUAUCUAUCUAUCUAUCUGUCUGUCUGUUCGUAUCUAUCUAUCUAUCUAUCUAUCUCAGUCUGUUCAUUAUCUAUCUAUCUAUCUAUCUCAGUCUGUUCGUAUCUAUCUAUCUAUCUAUCUAUCUAUCUAUCUAUCUAUCUAUCUCAGUCUAUUCAUUAUCUAUCUAUCUAUCUAUCUAUCUAUCUAUCUCAGUCUGUUCAUUAUCUAUCUAUCUCAGUUUAGUCAUUUACAUCUCCGUCUUUUUCUUUCUUUCUUUCUUUUUAUACAGAUACUGAAAUGCCGAAACGUUGUAAUAAAUAAUCCGAACAAUGUAAAACUAUCUAUCUAUCUAUCUAUCUAUCUAUCUAUCUAUCUAUCUAUCUCUCUAUCUAUCUAUAUAUUGGGCAUUUCACAUUUAUUUAUGUAUCUAUCUAUGCAUCUAUCUAUUUCAGCUUAUUUUUUCUCUGUAUGUAUGUAUGUACCUAUCUAUGUAUAUCUGGCGUUUCACAUCUAUCUAUCUAUCUAUCUAUCUAUCUAUCUAUCUAUCUAUCUAUCUAUCUAUCUAUCAGGCUUUUUGCAUCUAUCUAUCUAUCUAUCAAAGUAUAAUUUUUACUGUUACACCCGGUAA